AGUUAACUGGGCUGAAUGACUUCCUUAUUCCGGAGCUACGGUAGCGAGGAUGUAGUUUACCUUUUGCAAUCGAAUGUGUGUAGAACUUCGGAGUAACUGCUCUUCAAAUACUUGGAAAAACGGUCAGUAAGAUUGACUCAAUUACAUUCUAGUAAUAAAAGGGUGGCUUCUAGUCACACAACGUCUGCAUUGCUUGUCAGCAGGAAUAUUGCACUUUAGAAGAGGGAUGGAAUCAAAAAGAGAAGGGAAGGACAAGUUCUUCAUAGUGACACGGGGGAAGGCGAGAAAAGGGUUUGCAAGAGGAUGUAUCGGCCGUGUGGAGGCAGAGAUGCAGAAGGGAGAGCUGAUGGGACUGUUGUACGGAGGUGGCAGCAGUGGGGGUAACCCUAAGAGUGGGGGCAUGGUGAAAAUGGAGGACACAUACCCCCUCACCUGCCACCAGGCCCAGCUGCUGCUCUUCGUGUCCCCCUCCAGCAAACGCCUGGAGCUCCUGUGUAACCCCCAGCUUUUUUUGGCUAUCUGUGUGCUGUCUCAGGAUGACCUGGUGGUAGUUAAGCACAAGAAGGGUCACCAACCAGGGCUGGUUAGGAACAUAAUGCUGAUCGGUAAGAAGGAGAACCAAGGAGACCUGCUGAUGCUGGGCUUUGAGGUUGAGUUUGUGCAAGACUCUAAUCAAACAGUGUCAUCUAAGAAGCCCGCCACUCUUCCCCUGUUCAGUGCAGCAGACAUUGUCCAGGUUGUCCCAGCGUACUCUGUAGGCCUUGGCCCUAGCUGGAAAGACAGUCAUUCAGAGGGUCUUAAAAGAAAAGCGGGGUCACGUAUCAGCUCCAUGCCUAAUAUGGGAUCUUGUGGACGACAAGUGAGAGAUGUAGACCAGAGUGUCACCCCACCCGAAAGCCUGUCACACCACACUUUUGAUGUGGGAUCCCUGGUGGAGGUAACGUCCAACACUGGGAUCACUGUAUAUGGGGUAAUCCAGUGGAUGGGAGUCCUUUCAGAAAAUAAAAUUGACUGGGCAGGAAUUGAGCUGGAUUAUGAGGUGAAUAAUUGCUCAGAUGGGACGUAUGGAGGCCAGCGGUAUUUCACUUGUAAAGGGGGCAGGGCCCUAUUUUUGCCCCUAACAAAGUGCAGUCCAGAUGGAAGGUUCCUAUGUCUCCGCUCUGAAAAGGAGACAUUCAAAGCCACAAAUAUCCUCCCAGUUACUCCAUUGGAGGAAACCGAUGAGAAUGUCCCUCCUAUCCCUGAGUCGGAAGCCUUGUCUUUGCUCGUGGGCAAGAUGAAGGGGAUCCAGGGGCACUACAACUCCUGCUACCUUGAUGCCACUCUCUUCAGUCUGUUCAGCUCAUCCAUGACCCUGGACAGUGUUUGCCACAAACCAGCUGACACAGAACAGAGCAUAUCUCGCUCUCUGAGGAGAGACAUCGUUAACUGUUUGCGCCGACAAGGUUUUGUGCCUGCUGAGAGCGUAAUGAACUUCCGCAAGCAACUCGGCUGUGACACCUUUGUAACAGAAGAGAAAGACCCUGAAGAGUUCAUCACAAUCCUUAUACAGCGGGUGCUGUGCAUGGAGCCAUUGCUUAAACUCAGAUCGAAUAACAACACAUCUCAGGAUGCCUACACAUUCCAGAUUAUUCUGGAUAAGGAGCAGGUGACACAGACUCCCACGGUUCAGCAGCUGCUGGAUACCUCCUUCCUGUCUUGUGGCCUCAAGUUUGAGGAGAUCCCAUCCUGUCUCAUGGUCCAGAUGCCAAGGUUUGGGAAAAAGUACAAGAUGUUCCCCCACAUCAUCCCUUCAACAGAGCUUGACAUCACAGAUCUUCUGUACAACUCCCCCCGAGAGUGCUUCCUCUGUGGGCGUUUGGCAGAGUAUGAGUGCUCCCAGUGCCUACAGGACCGCAAGCUCCAGCCAGGAAGAGUCAAACAGUACUGUACUACUUGCAAGACACAGGUGCACACUCAUCCGUCUCGGAAGGGCCACUGCCCUAGAGCCCUGGCAGUGCCAGCGGAGGUUCCGGCAGAUGCCCCUUUACCCAGGCACAUGAUGCAGUUGUUCGCUGUGCUCUGCAUCCACACCAGCCACUAUGUGUCUUUUGUGAAGUAUGGGCCUGGCCCUCGCUCCUGGCUCUUCUUCGACAGCAUGGCGGACAGAUGUGGUGAUGACCACAGUGGCUACAACAUUCCAGAGAUCAGGGCUUGUCCCGAGGUGGGUGACUUCCUGUCUCAGUCAGAGGAGGAGCUAGUGUGGGCUGACCCCUCCCAGGCUGGAGAGCCUGUCCGCAGGCUGCUGUGUGACUCCUACAUGUGUUUGUACCAGAGCGCAUCCAUGGCCCUCUACAGAUAAAGCCAGCACAAGGCUGAAGUGUACUGAAGAGAACACAGUGUUCUCACAACAGUGCUAAAAUAACCUUGGUUUCAGCAUCGCCAUGACAUCAGUUUGUUUUCACAAAAACAAAUCACUGAUGAUUAGUUGAACAACUUAAACUUUAAAUGGAUGCUUUUAUGAUAACUGAAAUAAUCACCAAGGUCUUUUCAAAUGUUUUCCUUUGUCAAUGUAAUUGACCUUUGUUUCAAUAAAGGUUGAUUGAUGAAGUUGGGGUGAGGAAGGGCAUUUGAACUAUUGGUAAUGUUUUAUUGUUGCGCAUUUCUAUGUAUACUGUAGAUUUAUGGAAUUGAAGUGGAUCUAUGACUGCUUGUGGAAUUCUGUUGAAUGUCAGUGUUUUCCUGCUUUUUUUAUGUUGAAGGAAUGAAAUAAUAUAUACUGUA